UGUCUCUCCGUGUGACCACUAACGCCGAAGCUCCGUCCCGGAUAACACCCAUCCACCUCUCAGGCUAUGCGGGGCACGCUGACGGUCGUGGCGGUGGUGGUGGUGUCGGUGGCGGCGGCCUGGGCGGCGCAGCUCCCCAGCAGACAGGAGGGCGGGGCGCUGGAUGCAAUCCAGGCGCUGCACGAGGCGGCGCUGGCUGGCACACUGAGCUCGGGGGAGGUGCCGUACCCCAGCAGGCCCAACGUGUUCAAGUCCAAGGGAGAACUGCGGCGCUACCUGGACGCCCUCAAUGCCUACUUCGCCAUAGCUGGGAGGCCGAGAUUCGGGAAGCGAGGCGAGCAAGUACGACAACCUGAGGAACUGUAUGACUACUGAAGGAGGAGGCGGAGUGUAUCUGCGCCCUUCCCCUGCACUCCCGCCUCUUCGUGUGUGUGGUCACGCCCUAGGAAAGGCUGAUGAAGCCUCCCUCACCACCCUCACCCUCACCCAUCCCUCCCAGACACUCCCACGCACUCCCAGACAUUUCCAGGCACUUCCAGGCACUCCCAGGCACUUCUAUGCACUCUUAUCCUUGGCACUUUCCUUCUAGUCACGACCAGUCACGUCCUUCCUCCCUAGGCACCGUCUCACUCCAGUCACUCCUUAUCCAGUCACUCUCGCCUUGCCCUUUGGUGUGUUAUGGUGUAUACAUCUAAAUAUCACCCCCCUUCGCUUCUUGACGUGUCAGAAGAACGAAGUGUGUUAUUCUCUCUCUUUCUAUUCUGUAAACUUAUGAUUUUCUCACACACUUCCUCACACUUCCAUUCUGUGUCUUUUUAAAAUCUUUCUUUCUCUUUGGUCACUUCCCUUCGCUUCUGACACACAUGAAGAGAGAAGAAGUGUUUAAUUUUCUUAUUCUGUCACACCAUUACACACUCUCUUCCACUUCUGCAUUCUUUUGACUUCCUCACACUUCCCUUCUCUCUCUCUCUCUCUCUCUCUCUCUCUCUCUCUCUCUCUCUCUCUCUCUCUCUCUCUCUCUCGCCACUUCCCUUCGCCUCCGACACGUUACAAGAGCGAGGAAGUGUGUCAUUCUGUCACUAUCCCACUUCUGCACACUUCUCACUCACACUCCCUAACACCUCCCUUCUCUCUCUCUCUCUCUCUCUCUCUCUCUCUCUCUCUCUCUCUCUCUCUCUCUCUCUCUCUCUCUCUCUAGCCACUUUCCUUCGCCUGUGCCACGCAAGAAGGGCGAGGGACGAGGAAGUGCGUCAGAAAACGUAACUCGAUAUUCAAACGGAGGACUAAACUAAACUACAGGAAGCCCGAUGCUCUACAGUACGUCAAGGAAGCUCUCAAGGGAACUCUGGCCACGUUCACAAGUCGCCCAGGUACUUUGAAGGUCGUGGUGGCUUCGUCCUGCCUGGCUGUCUCACGCCCCCGCUGGUCCUCGUCCAUUACUCCUAUUGCUGCAAACUGGAAUCGACUCUCUGGCCCUUGAAUCUCGCCACAGUCGCUGUCCCGUCAUCCUUAAUGCACAGAUGAGUGUGUCUGUGUCUCUGUGUGUCCGUGUGGUGGCGGUGGUGGUGGUGGUGGUGGUGAGGAGAUGCUGCAAUGAUGGUCUUAUCCUCCUGUAUUCAUUCACAUUUAUCCUGUAAAAUGAAAGGUUCACUCAG